AUAAACUAUGUAAACAGUUCUGAACUUACUUUGGAUUAACAUACUGAGAUAAAGUUGUUGAAAAUGUCGAUGGAAAUUCCGAAUUACGAAUUUACGAGAAUGUGUGUUGCCUUACAAUCGGAAGAAAAAAAACGAAGAAUACAAGGCCUAAAGGAAAUUCUAAAGUUUUUCGAACUGCAACAAUCUGAGAAUGAAAUUUUGAAAUUAUGGGAUGUUAUAAACAAAGUUUUGUUAAGAAUUCUUAACGAUUCAGCCGAAGUUUGUCGUGAUCAAACAUUAGAAAUUAUUCGAUUAUUUAUAAUUAAUUUAACACCUAAUGAUAAAUAUAUUAUGUACUUACUUCCAAUUUUAUCCAGAAGAUUAGGUUCUUCUGAACAAAUAGAAACUUCAGAAGAAGUAAGAUUAAAAUCCGUAGUAUUAUUAAAAACAAUAAUAUUAAAAUAUGAAAACUUACUAGCAUCGUAUAUUGAUGAUUUAGUCAAAAUUCUGAUACGUACAGUGGUAGAUAAUUAUCCACUUGUUAAAAGAGAAAGCUGUAAUUGUAUAUCUGAAUUUGCAAAAAAUUUAUCAAGAUAUUUUUACACACAGUCAGAAACUUUGGUAAAACCAAUUUUAAGUAACUUUGCACAUCAACAUUAUAAAAUUAGAAUUGCCUCUAUUAGAACAAUAGGAGAUUUAAUUCAAUAUGGUAAUAGUAAAUCUUUAGAAGAAGUUGCUACACCUUUAGCAGAAAGAUUAUUUGAUCAAAAUGGACUGGUUAGAACAGCUGUAAUAGAGAUAGCAGGCUGUUGGCUUUUAAAAUUAAAAGACCGAUAUAGUUGGUGGCAUAAAAUCCUUCCAUUACUAUUAACAGGCCUUCAUGAUGAAUUAGAAGAAAUUAGAGAGAAAGCUGCAAAAUUUUGGGAUACCGUAGGACGAUCUUACAUAGAAGAAAAUCAGAAUGAUGAAAAAUUGAAAGAUAAAUUGGAUUUUCUCACCGAAGAUCGUCAUCACUAUCCUAAUGUUGUUAGACCAAAUCUAGGAUGUCGUGUAAUAGCGCAACAAACUUUUAGUAAAUUAAUAAAUGGAAUAAAUUUAGAAUUAGGAGACUGGAUUGCCGAUAUAAGGGUACGAACUGCCCAGUUACUUUGUGUCUUUAUUUUAAACAUAGAAGAAGAUGUGACCCAACAUAUUGGAAAACUUUUACCUUCUAUGUAUCGAGCUUGUAACGACGAAGAUUACAGGGUUGUAGAAAUUGUAGAAAGAGCAGCAGAAUAUUUAGGAUAUUUUGUACAUCCAAAAAGCUGCUGUCAUUUAAUCAUUCCUACUCUUGAAGAAACUUUAUCCGUGGGUCAUUUAAAAGUAUUUUCAGCAAUUUUAAAAGGUAGCGAACGUAGUGCACUUGUUCCAUUACUGAAAGAUAUUGCAAAAUUUUUACAACAAUCGCAUAUCUGUCAAAGUAAAAAGACAACAUACCAGAAACAAAUACUUUCAUGUUGUCAUUCUUUAAUUUUAAUAUGCAAAGAGGAUUGUAAAAUUAUAUCACAGGAUUUAUUUAUAACGAUAUUUACUGCUUUAUCGAUGGCACAUGAAAAUCAUGUAAAAUUGGAGGCAAGAGAAUUAUUAAAUACCGUUGCAAAUAUUAGUUCCUAUGAGAACGUUGAGAAAUUCUGCAACGAAAACAUAAGAGACUUAAUUUUAUCGUUUCCUGAUUGUAAGUCAUGGACAGUUCAUACUCCAGAAAGCCAAAUUUUCUGCGGAUGUUUGACUUACAUCGGACAGAUUUUAAUUGUCAAUAUCGACAUUAUGUUACCAAUCCUAAAAGAAACUAUGACGAACGAUGCUAAUCCUGAACUACGAUUAAAACAUUUCAUUUUACUGUCAGAGUAUUUCAGUCAAGGAUCACUGAAUGAAAUUAUGGAUAUAAAAUGCUUCAAUCAAUUUUUAGAAGAUUGUAUAUUUCCUGGAUUAAUUUGGUCUGCCGGAAGAGCUGCCGAAGCUAUACGCACAGCUGCAUUAUCUUGUUUAUGUACCAUAUUGGAUAAAUAUGAAAAAGAACUCAUUACAGAAAAGAUUAAACAUUUGGAUGAGGAAAACAUUUGUUCAAUACUUGAUAAAAUAAUGCCUGCUUUGAUUAGCCUUGCAGAUGACAAUUCCAAAAAAAGUAGAUUAUAUUCUCUACAAACUAUGCAUUUGAUAAUGUGUAUUAGAAAAAGAUUUCAUUAUCAGACAGAAGAAUACAUUCAUAAAAUAUAUCCUGUGCUUUUAAAAAGACUCGACGAUGGGUGUGAUGAUAUUAGAUUAGCUUCAUUAGAGGCUCUAAUAAAACUUUGGAAUACAAUCCCUGAGGAUUAUAACUUACAUUUUAACAAAGGACAUAUAGAUACUUUGUAUACUUCAAUUAUAAUAUAUUUAGAUGAUCCAGAAAAUGAGUUUCAGAAUCUUAUAUUAGGUAGCUUAAAAGAAUUAGCAAAAGUGCAUCCAGAGUUAUUGUACCAGAAACUUCAAAAUUGUAAAACAAAUUUUAGAAAUCAAAAAGACAUAGAGAUACUUCUAGAACAUUGCCAGCAUAUUUUAAAGAAUAAUUACAACUAAAAAUUUCACUAAAUAUACAUGCACAUGUUUAUUUCGUUUAAACAAGGGUACCUUUAUGUUGCAAAAAUUAGUUGCUAAUUUAUUUUUUUAUUCAACAAAUUAUGUAUUGUCAUACACAUAUGUAUAAUGAAGAGUAUAUAGUUUAAUAAAUAUUAAAUUCAAUAUUUAUAUAAUGAAAGAAGGUAAUGAAAAUACACAUUAGAUAAAUUAGGAUAUACAUAUUAAAACUUAAUGUAUAAACAAAGUACUUUUGUUUUCAUACAAAAUAAUAAACGUUAACCUUAAAAUCUAUGAAUACAGGAAGUACCCGCCCUUUUAAAGUCGCCAUAUUGUCCAUGUCUUUCGUUUUGAGAAGCGAAUCACAAAGGGGUGGCAAACAGGAUUAAGAAAUUGCCGAUAAUUCC